GAAGAGUCAAAAAAUGUCCUAUCCGUCUAUAUGGACGUGACAAAGCUACUCGAUAGCUAUAUCGCAAAAUUGGAUCAAUUGACGGUAUCUUCUGACCAGAGUGUGAUUGUAUUCGAUGCGAUGAAUGCACUUCUCACAUCUCAACCACUGAGUGUACAAAGUCACACACCUCUUGUAAAUCUUCUAUGGUAA